AGGGCUGAGGGCACCGCCCCCGGCCGCCUCCGUCGCGGCGGCCAUGGGGAGCGUCCGCUGGGCCUUCCCCUGCGCCGCCUGGCGCCCCCGCCGUGAGGAGUGGCUGCUGGCGGCGCGGCUGGUGCAGCCCGAGGAGAAGGACCGCAUCGGCCAGUUUGUCUUUGCCCGCGAUGCCAAGGCCGCCUUGGCUGGUCGCCUGCUGAUGCGGAAAUUAAUCACAGAGAAGUUGUGCAUACCUUGGAAUGAAAUAAACUUGCAAAGGACAUCAAAAGGAAAACCUUUCCUGGCAAAUAACAUAUUCAGUAUCUAUUCAAAUUACAACUUCAAUGUCUCUCAUCAAGGAGAUUAUGCAGUUCUUGCAGCUGAGCCUGAGCUUCAAGUUGGCAUUGAUAUUAUGAAGACUGAUUUACCAGGUAGUAGCUCAAUACCAAAUUUCUUUCGCAUCAUGAAUCGACAGUUUACUGAAACAGAGUGGGGUAUAAUCAACUCCAUGGGUAAUGAAUGGAUGCAGCUGGAUAUGUUUUAUCGGCACUGGGCCUUAAAGGAAAGCUUCUUAAAGGCUAUUGGAGUUGGAAUUGGCUUUAACUUGCAAAGAAUUGAAUUUAAUGUGUCCCCACUGCAACUGGAAAUAGGGAAGGUGUAUAAGGAGACAAAAAUGCUUCUGGAUGGAGAUAAAGAAGAAGAGUGGACAUUUGAGGAAACCCGGUUAGAUGACCAUCAUCAUGUUGCCGUGGCUCUCGGGAAACAGGAGGGAUUUGGGCAGAAGCAUUCCAAUGUAUCUUCCACGGAGCCUGACCGACCACAGUUUACAUUAUUGACUUUUGAAGAUUUAGUUGCAUCUGGUAUUCCAGUCGCACCUGAGGAUUCUGCAUAUUGGGAUAAUUUUUGUUCUAAGCAGGAGAGUCCAGUGAAACAGAAUUCACGUUCAAGAUAAGAACACUUGUAAGAAAAAGAAAAUUGUCAAAGUCGUUAUGCUGGAGUGUGGGAAUAAGUCUACAUCUGUAAAUGAAACGUUUUUCCUUAUUUAAACUAAGAGUCUGUUUUUCACCUUUUUAAAAUUGACAUUCUUUAUCAAUAUCUUAAGGAAGAUGCGUAUCUCCUCACUGAAAGAAUUCUGAGUGAACAGUCUAAGCUGACCACAUGCUUUUUUGCUUUUCCAUGCCUGUGGUUCUUAACACCUUGAUAAUUUCCCAUGCUAAGAACAGGGAGCAGUUACAAUAAUGUUGAUUAUUCAACAAGAGUUUAACAUAUAAAAAUGUGUUUCUAUACUUCAUUUAUGGUGAAGCUUAAAUUAUGAUACUGCCUUUUCCUUUACAAAAAUAGUAAUUUUAUUCUCAGAUUAAUGAAGAAAGCCAAAAUUGGUACAAAUUCUUUUGCUGUUACUAUAUGGUGAAAGUGUUUGUAUAACACUUUGUAUUUGUGUCAUAGCAGCCUGAAGAAGUCUGAAUCUUAGUAGUCUUGUUCAAAACUUGUUUGAAGCAGGGAAUUAACUUACAAAUAUUUCACAUCCUUUUCAUUUACAGUCUUUGUUAAUUAAAGCUUCCUGUGUGUAACUUAGGAUUUUAUGUUUAACAGUUCUUUUUGUAUAUUUUUCCCUCAGCAAUAAAUGAGCCAAACAGCAGUUCAGUUUUCCUAGAUUUGCAUUUACAUCUGUACUGUCCUAGACACUAAGUCAUGGGAGAGAAGGGAGGAAACAACAAAAUAUAACUAUUUACUUCUCCCAAAUAGUCUCGUAACAUCUGAAGACAGAAUAUUUUCUUGUCCUGCAGUGAAUUAAAAUUUCUGGAAAAAAUCCA